GAACAGGGCAGGAGACCUAUCAGACUUACGCACUGAUCAGGACAGUCAGAGAGAGACGGACAUUUGCGUUCAGGGUCAUCCUGUCACGAGCAAUCAAUUGGAAAAAUAAUCAAGGCCACAAGCCGGAACGUGUUUCUGAACCGACUAAGAGGAAUUAUCAGUUACAUUUCCACCCGGAAUUUCUCUGACGCUUUCAGGAGGGAUCUUUCAUCUGGGGAUUACUUCACUCUGUAUCUUUCAUCCUCUCUGAGUCUCUGCCACAAAAAACUAACGGUUCUUCACUGGAGAACAAGAGUGGCUAAAGUUUCACUCCACUGACGCGCCACCACGAGAAAACCCCAGCACGUUAAAAAAAACCACUUUGGCUGUGGCGCAGCGGAGAGCUUUCAAAACUUUCUCCAUGAGUGUUUGACUUCUGCUGCUUGGAUCCGCGGAGCUUUCACUGCUUGUUGAAGGGCUGUCAUUACAAUGGGACGCCUCUGUCUGCUCCUGGUUGUCAUUCUCGCCCUGUUCACCUGUCAGGUUUUGUGCUCUGGUGUUUUUGAGCUAAAGCUGCAGGAGUUUCUCAAUAAGAAGGGGAUAUCAGGGAACGCAAACUGCUGCCCGGUUGGCUCUGCGCAUCCGCAGGGCCACCAGCAGUGCGAGUGCAAGACCUUCUUUCGGGUCUGUCUAAAGCAUUAUCAGGCCAACGUCUCCCCUGAGCCCCCCUGCACCUACGGCGGAGCUGUGACCCCUGUCCUGGGCUCCAACUCCUUCCAGGUGCCAGAAACCAAUGCAGACAGCUUCACCAACCCAAUCCGCUUUCCCUUCGGCUUCACAUGGCCAGGGACAUUUUCACUGAUCAUUGAAGCUCUCCAUACUGACUCCCUGGACGACCUGACAACAGAAAAUCCGGAGCGUUUGAUCAGCAGGAUCACCACUCAGCGCCACCUCAGCGUUGGAGAAGAAUGGUUCAAAGACAUGCAAACAGCUGACAGGACCGAGCUGCGUUACUCCUAUCGCUUCCUGUGUGAUGAGCACUACUAUGGCGACGGCUGCUCGGUCUUCUGCAGGCCCCGAGAUGAUGCUUUUGGACACUUCUCCUGUGGCGAGCGUGGAGAGAUUAUAUGCAACUCUGGAUGGAAGGGCCAGUAUUGCACUGAACCAAUCUGCCUUCCUGGAUGUGAUGAAGAACAUGGUUUUUGCGACAAGCCUGGAGAGUGCAAGUGUCGUGUGGGCUUCAGUGGUCGCUACUGCGAUGAUUGUAUCCGUUACCCAGGCUGCCUUCAUGGCACCUGCCAACAACCUUGGCAGUGUAAUUGCCAGGAGGGAUGGGGUGGACUAUUCUGCAACCAGGAUCUGAACUACUGCACACAUCACAAGCCAUGUCUGAAUGGAGCCACUUGCACCAACACUGGCCAGGGAAGUUAUACUUGCACCUGCCUGCCUGGAUACACAGGUGCCAGCUGUGAGAUCCAAGUCAGUGAAUGUUCUGGGAAUCCGUGUCGAAAUGGAGGCAGCUGCUCUGACAACGACAAUGGCUACAAGUGUGCCUGCCCACCUGGUUUUUAUGGUAACAACUGCGAGUUGAGUGCCAAUACCUGUGCAGAUGGUCCCUGCUUUAACGGGGGGCGUUGUGCAGACAACCCUGAGGGUGGAUACUUCUGCCAGUGCCCAGCGGGCUAUGCUGGCUUCAAUUGUGAGAAGAAGAUUGACCACUGCUCUUCCAACCCUUGUUUAAAUGGUGCAGAAUGUGUGGAUCUGGUAAACACCUACCUCUGUCGCUGCCCAGAAGGAUUUAUAGGUUCAAACUGUGAGGUUAGAAGCAGCAUUUCUGGACACUGUCAGUCCUUUCCGUGUCAGAAUGGUGGGACAUGCCAGGAUGGAGGAAACGACUACAGUUGUACUUGUCCCCCAGGUUAUACCGGCAAAAAUUGUAGCUCUCCUGUGUCCCGCUGCCAUCAUAAUCCCUGCCACAAUGGGGCCACAUGCCAUGAGCGCGGUGGACGCUAUGUGUGCGCCUGUGUGCCAGGCUACGGGGGUCACAACUGUCAGUUCCUCCUACCGGAGAUGAGUGGGGGCUCCCAGCCAGUUGUGGAUGUUGCAGAUCGACGAUAUUCUUCCUCAGAAAACGAAAAUUCUGAAGAUAAUGAGGAAGAUGAAGGCGGCUUUCCGUGGACAGCUGUAUGCGCUGGUAUCUUCCUUGUUCUGGUGGUCCUGAUCAGCUGCUCCGUCUUGGUGGUUUACGUCCGAGUCAAACUGCAGGACCGGCUCAGUCACCACAGUGACAGCGUCCACAGUGACAGCCAAGAGACCAUGAAUAAUCUGACCACCACCAAUAAUUGUCUCCGUAGCGAUAAAGAACUGGGUGCUAUGAUGACCACUUCAAUUAAAAACACCAACAAGAAGGUAGAUUACCAUUCAGACCUUGCUGGGUCACUUGUUGGUUUGAGUGGAAUCAGUGGGCUCAGCGGAUCAGAGAAGAAUGGCUUCAAGACUCGAUAUCCCAGUGUGGAGUACAACCUGGUGCACGAGCUUCGGUCUGAAGAGCCGUCACUGUGCAAAGAGGAUGAGCCCAAUGAGCCAGAGGCCAAAUGUGAAAUGCUGGAAGAGUUCAACACUGAAGAGGGAUUCAGGAAAACACAAAACAGUAGCGAUGCAUCAGAAAAGCAACUGACAGAGUCAACAGGAUGCAACGAAGAAAGAUAUCAGUCAUCCACUGAUUUAGGCUGUCAUUCUGCGAGUGACCUAAAAUACCACUCAGCAAAUGACAUCAAAUUCCAGUCAGAAAACGACGAGAGCCCAGAUGACAGUCAGUACUCGUGUCUCCCUGACACCAAAUACCAAUCUGUCUACGUCAUGUCGGACCAGAAAGAUGAGUGUGUCAUUGCUACAGAGGUAUGAUACAAGUCUUCUGCUUAUGGCGGUCCACACACUCUCCAAACCUGAGCAGUAGAGCUCAUCUUGUUUCCAGGGGGUUUUACUCCUGCUGUUUGCUGCUGUUCCCUGGUAUUUCCCAGUGGAUUUUGAGCCAAGGUGCUGAUGAGCCGGCCCAGAGACAGCACCUAGUUGGCAAGGGCCCAGUACUACAAUAGUACUACAAGUGAAUUCUGGAUAUUUCCUACCUUAGAUGGAUACUGCUUUUUUUUUUUUUUGCUGAGCAAGUGGUACAGACACCUGAACAACUGCAUAAGUGCUUGAUCCCACUGAAGAAAUUGGUGCUGACUGACAGUUCAUUAAACGACCGCUGUGGAAGGCGUCAUCAUUUUUUUUUCCUUCUGCAGCGCCGGAUAAAUCGAACCCCAUAAAAGUAAAAGACUUUCUAAGGCAGAAGAGCAUCACCAAGGAUCAAAUAUAUUGUUGUACUGUUGAGUACCGAUCAAAUGAACAGUCAAGUACUUUUAGAGUACUGAGGACUUUUAAAGUACAGUUGUAGUACUGUUAUGUUCUGUGGUUUUACAAGGUUGUUUAAAUCCAGUAAAGCUCACUGAGUAGUCAGCAGUCUGUGCAGUGCUGCAGAGUAGGAUUUGGAGUAGUAGCAACAUCAGGUGCUGCUAAUCACUUUUUAAGGAAUCUUGAAUGGAGCUUUCCUGAUAAGACCACUAAAAAUUACGGAGAGGAACUGCAGCUGAACACCUUUAUCUCUCGCACUGACAAAGGCAGCCGUGGUUGAGCUGGUUCUCAGCCCACAAUAGAAAUUCCGAGACUCCAAUAGUGACUACAGAUGAAUCCAGCAUGGAUUUGGUUGGGCCAUACUGGCCCCUGACCUUUUGGAGGUUGUGUAACGUUCAAGAGAGGAAACAAAUAAAAAGGUGUGAAGUAAGGCAAACAGAAAAUGCAUAGUAUGAAAGUCAUCUGGUGUUGAAUACAAAUUCCUGCACAUGCUCAGUGAAAUCAUUUCGUUCAAAGUGUGGUCUGUUCUUCUGACUUCUUGAUGAUGCUGUUGUCAGGCAACAAAGUCUUAAACGCCAAGAUCUCAUUGCACUAUAGAGGUGUGUGUGUGCAUGUGUGUGUGAGUUUGUGUGUACAUAAAAGGUGAAUGGUGUUGAUGUAUUGUUGAUGCCCACUCGCGCCUCCUCCUCACUCCCAGUUGUCCUCCAGUUCCCUGCCUGUCCUCAAUUAGGAUCUUUUUGUUUUUAUUUUAUUUACUAUCUAAAGAAAUAUGUAUUUGUUUAAUUUAAGUAUGUAAUUAUUUGUGCUCCAUUUUGUUGUGGUAAUUUUUUGUUAAACUUGUAAUAAUUUAAGUUGGAUUGUUUUCGUUUGGCAGAAUAUGUGUGUUUGUAUGCAUGUAUGGGUUAGGCACUUGAGACCACUGUGACUGUGUUGUAUUUAAGAGAAGAGUUGUUUGUACAAACCCUGUCAUUUUUAUUACUGGGAAAACACUAUAUUUUUCCAAAUUAAAAGAAGAUUGAAAUCCAAAA